AUUCCCUUGAGUCACAGUUUUGUUCAUUCCGUUGUACAGUAACAGGAACUGUAAUUUUAUGAGUAUCUUCAUGUUUGUUCCAUGGAAUUGAAACAUGAAGAACAUCACUGAAGUUACCACGUUUGUACUGAAGGGCUUCACAGAUGAUCCUGGACUGCAGAUCACCCUUUUCCUCCUGUUUCUAGCAAUCUACCUCUUCACUCUUCUGGGAAACUUAGGGCUGAUCAUAUUGGUCACUGGGGACUCCCGGCUCCACACCCCCAUGUACUAUUUCCUCAGCGUUUUGUCUUCUGUGGACGCCUGCUACUCCUCAGUCAUUAGCCCAAAUAUGUUAGUAGAUUUUAUAUCCCAAAACAAAUCCAUUUCAUUCCUUGGUUGUGCAGCACAGAUGUUUCUUGCUGUUACUCUUGGAACCACAGAAUGCUUUCUGUUGGCUGCGAUGGCUUAUGACCGCUAUGUAGCCAUCUACAACCCUCUGCUGUACGCUGUGACCAUGUCACCCAGAGUCUAUGUGCCACUCAUCACCGCCUCCUAUGUUGGGGGAAUUCUGCACGCUAUGUUACACACAGUGGCCACUUUCAGCCUCUCCUUCUGUGGAUCCAAUGAAAUUAGACAUGUCUUUUGUGACAUCCCUCCCCUCCUUGCUCUGUCAUGUUCCGACACGCGCAUAAACCAGCUUCUGCUGUUCUCCGUUGCUGGAUGCAUUGAGAUAGUCACCAUCCUGAUUGUCCUGGUCUCCUAUGGUUUCAUACUGGCGGCCAUUCUGAGGGUGCGCUCUGCGGAAGCAAAGAGAAAAGUCUUCUCCACGUGCGGCUCACACCUGACUGGGGUGUCUGUUUUUCAUGGCACUGUUCUCUUCAUGUAUGUAAGGCCAAGUUCCAGUUACGCUUUGGAACAGGACAUGAUCGUUUCAAUAUUUUACACCAUCGUGAUUCCCAUGCUGAAUCCCAUCAUCUACAGUUUGAGGAACAAAGAUGUGAAAGAGGCCAUGAAAAAAGUGUUUGGGAAAAAUCACAUUAUCCGUAAAGUCCAUUUUUCACACUAA